UGCGUGGGAUGGGGAGGAUUCUGUGAGCAAAUUUUAUUUGAACUCGCCAGUGAUGACAACCCAGUAGAGCUCCUGCUCCCAGGGGCAGACAGGCAUUCCUGCUUCCCACCCCUCUUUCCUCAUCCUUUCCCAGAUGUGGGUGCUAAUGGAGGAAGGCAAAUUAUUUUUAGCAUCCAGCUUGUCAGCAAAGACCUAGCUGAGCCCUGGGCUCCCAGUGACAUCAGUGCAAUCUUUCACGCACAAAGUCAUUACCAGAUUCACUUUGCAAGAAAGUAAUUCCAGAGCCUCACAAAACCAUCCCUGACCAUCAUCUGCAUGCUUCCAAGUUAGCUCUGGGGCUGAGGGCCCUCCAUGACACCAGGGAGCCAAGGUGAGGGCGCUGGAAGCAGCCAUCCCCUGACAUCGUGUCCCUGCUGUGUAUAUAGGGUGUCCCGGUUGCAGCAGCCAGAGGGGUGGGAGACCCAAUUCCUCCCAGAAGCCUCUCCCCGUUUGGAACACUGGUCUGAAGAAAUGACCUAGAAAGACUCAGGGCUGAAGUUCUUUGAUGCCUGCCCAGCUGUGGAGCAUCCCAGCAUCACUGCUCAGCUCUGCAGUUGUUUCAUGCCUCAUCUUCCUUGCUGUGGACCCCAUAGGCGUCAGCGCAGCAGGGAGGGGGCUCUGGGUUGGGGACAUGAUCCUGGUACAGCCAGGCAGGCGGGGGGCAUAUCCCAAAUCUCAGCUGCAGGAUGAUCCUUAGUGGCCCAGCACGGCCAGGCGGGACCCGAGACCCCCAGGGGGCAGGACAGGGACCCCCAGCGCACAUGGUGGGGGGCUCAGCUGCCGCGUGCCCAUGGGUGUCCCAUGGGAAGGAGGAGCCGAGGGCAGCCCUGACCGCAGGCUCUCCGGAGCAGGCAGCGGGCCAGCCCGCUCUGGCACCCGGCCCGGAAGUCUGUCCUGCCCCUUCACUGUGACUCUGCAAAACGGUGGGGCGGAGGCCCUGACGAUGACGAUGGUUGGGCAAGGAGGAAGUAGAGGGGUACGACUGGGCGCUGCACUGCUCGGGGCAGAGCGGAGGGCUCGGCUGAGCAGGACAGAGGAAAGCCGAGGCCGGCCGGCAGCCACAGCCAUGGCUGAGGCCGAAGAUAGGAGCAUCCAUACCCAGCACAUCUCGGCCGUGCACAACGUGCCCAUGCGGGUCCUCAUCCGGCCCAUCCCGGCAGAGCUGGAGCCGGGAAAGGUGCAGAGCCUGAUGGAGACCCUGCAGGAGGAUCCCGAGCGGGUGCCCCCCAUCGACGUGCUCUGGAUCAAAGGCAGUGAGGGCGGCGAUUACUUCUACUCCUUCGGGGGCUGCCACCGCUAUGCUGCCCACCAGGCACUCCGCCGGGAGACCAUCCCCGCCAAGAUCAUCCCCUCCACCCUCAGCGACCUCCGUACCUACCUCGGCUCCUCCACGCCUCACCUGCGCUAGCCCAGCACCCCGAG